AUGAUUCAACUUAACACUAACCGUUCAAAUAUAGUUUGUCACGCCCUGCUCAACAGCACCAUUCGUGAAUACGACAUCCUGCUCAUAACGGAGCCAUGGUAUGGCGACAUUGGAAAUGGCACAAAGGGCCCAGUAUCAUUGACCGGUUGGCAGCCAAUUCUGCCACUACCAUCCGUCCCCGCAAACGUCAUUCCUCGAGCCAUGGCAUACAUCAAGAACAGACCUGACUUCACGGUUACACUUCGCUCUGAUCUUGCAAUGGAUGCUGACAUACAAAUUUUACAGAUCAACCAAGGGACACAUACACCGACAAUACUUGUAAAUAUGUAUAACCAGAGAGCAGGCGAGGAUCCAUCAAACUGGUCAUCAGACCGUCUAUUCAACAUCGAACUACCAAAUGGAAUGCCGGUCGUCAUCUCGGGAGAUAUGAACCUACACCACCCAAUGUGGUCAAACACAGCUGAGAAC